UUCUCAUAUUUGGAGAAGAACUAUCGUCAUCAAACAUAACAUAGUGUACGUGAUUGAUAAGUACUCGACUUACAAACUUUAUAACUUUCUCACACCCACCCAUAGCACAACCCCACUGCACAAACAGAGCACAAUAAUGGCUUCCUUCAUAAAUCCCUUAAAUCCAAUUCCGCCCGAACUGAGGAAAAUCCAAGGGAUUGACAAACUGAGUCGCCAAAUUGAGAAGGAGGUUCGGAGUCCCAACGUCAAUGAAAAGUCGAGCAACUUGCCCCACCUCCUCUCCAUCCUCAAGUGCAUCCUCCAGUCGCAGGGUCAGAGGCUACCCUCAGCAGUCUUGAAACCUUUCGCCUUCUCCAAAGGGAGGUCGGGUCGUCUGGUGGUAGAUUUGGUGUCGCCUGAUGGGGAUUCGUGGAUUAAAAUUUCAGCCAGGAAUCCCAAGGCACUAAAUCUUCUGGCAGCUGGAGGGGGGAAUUUCGGUCAAAAAUCAAUCGUUGAUCAUGUCCAAGAUUAUUUGAUUUGCGCCAAGGAGAACCCCUGCCUGUUCCGAGUACCAAAGGUGACCGCAGUUUUCACGAGUGGAAUUAGUGAAUCGCUCGCCAUUGAGUUAGAAGCCCUCGGGACAGUUGUCCAGGGAGAAAGGAUUCCGGAUGAACAACUUGAGCUUCAUCCUAGGAUAAGAGUUUACGAGGACAGAAAUAACCUUCAAGGCUUCAGGGACGACCUCCUGCUUGGUGCGGCAGAGGAAGCCACGCUCAGUGCCUCUGUAGAUGAAACGGUCUUGGGGUUUAAAAAUCCCAGCCUUGAUGGGGUCACGAAACUGAAUUUGGACAUUCCAGCAUUCCUUGCUUACGUUUCCAAUUUAACCAACGGACAUUCGAACGUCAAAUUUCCAAAAGCUAUUUUAGCAAACCAGGCAAUAUCAGAAAAUCUUAGGCCACAAAAAGUUAUACUGGAUAAAGUUUUUCAUGGGAGGAAAUUAUACUGCUGUGAAACUGCCUUGAAGGAAUUCCAUGGGAUUUUAUCCACUGUUGGUGGUCCAGCAGAGAAAGAGAGGGCUCGAAACUUUCUCUCAACCGUUACAAUUGUUCCGGACCAGAUGACGGAACGAGUUAAGUCAUUGUGUGUAUCAGGGAACAUUAAAUAUAGAUCGUUGGUGAUUUUCGGAACUGGGGACACUUUAGAAGCAGUGACCGUCACAGCAAAUACGGGAUUUGUACGAUCAGCCAAGACUCAAGGAGUGGAACUUGCAGCAUUUGUACAUGAAUCAAGAGCAUUAACCGAACAAAAGGAAAACAAGGUUAAAAGUAGCAGUAGCAGUUGACAACUUGGAAAAUUUAACUGACGAUCCCUAAAUCCCUGAAUUUUGUAUUAUGGAUUAAUUUUAACUUGUCAUUUACAUAGUCAGCUGUAUACAAAAGUUUGAUAUCUGUCCGUUUGUAAAUAAAUCUUCAGUACAAAA